GAAAAAUUAUAAUUGUACAAGUAAUUAGAAUUUAGCAAUUAACAGAGGCUUUCCAAAUAUUUAUGGUUAAGAAGAGAAAAAAAGGAAAGAACUAGCCUGGGGGAGAUGCCAAGCCUCUUCGCCCCCAACUUGGCAUUGUUUUGAGGCUCUUUCAGAUCGCGAUCUCAUGAAUUAGAUUGUAUCACAAGAGCAGAGGGUUGAAUUUCCAUUAGGCAAUGGGGAUUAUGUCGCGACGGGUUUUACCCGUCUGCGGUAACCUCUGCUUCUUUUGUCCUUCACUGCGUGCAAGGUCAAGACAGCCAGUGAAACGUUACAAGAAGUUACUUGCUGACAUAUUCCCCCGUAAUCAGGAUGCUGAACCGAAUGAUAGGAAAAUUGGAAAGCUUUGUGAAUAUGCUUCAAAGAACCCCUUACGAAUUCCUAAGAUUACGAAUUAUCUAGAACAUAAAUGUUACAAGGAGUUACGAAAUCAGAACUUUGGAUCUGUGAAAGUUGUGUUGUGCGUUUAUAGGAAAUUGCUUUCAGCAUGCAAAGAGCAAAUGCCGCUGUUUGCUAAUAGUUUAUUAGGCAUUAUUCGCUCUCUUUUAGAGCAAACUCGACAGGAUGAAAUGAGGAUUCUGGGAUGCAGUAGUCUUGUUGAUUUUAUAAGCAACCAGAUGGAUAGUUCAUACAUGUUUAACUUAGAAGGCCUCAUCCCUAAGCUGUGUCAAGUGGCUCAAGAAGUUGGAGAUGAUGAAAGAGCUCUCUUCUUACGUUCAGCAGGAAUGCGAGCUCUGGCAUACAUGGUGUCAUUCAUGGGUGAGCAAUCUCAUAUUUCAAUGGACUUUGAUGCCAUUAUAUCAGCUACUUUAGAGAACUAUGUGGAUUGCAUGUUGAAUCUAGAGACUGCAAAGGAAGAUAGACGAUCUUUUCAAACUGAGAACCAAGGGGUGUGUAAAGAAAGAGAUAAUGGCUCAUUUUUCCCACAUAUUAUUAAAAAGGUUCCUUCUAUUCCAAAUCUAUCGACCAUCUCUGAAUCUGACUCCACAGUGGAUACCUCAAAGAGCCCCUCUUACUGGUCGAGAGUUUGCUUAUGCAAUAUGGCCAGAUUGUCCAAGGAAGCUACGACAGUGCGUCGCAUUCUCGAACCUCUUUUUCAUACUUUUGAUGCUGAAAAUUAUUGGUGUCCAGAAAAAGGAGUUGCUUGUUCUGUUCUACAAUAUUUGCAGUCUCUUUUGGAGGAAUCAGAUGUUUCAACACCAGGAGAGAGCUCUCAUUUACUACUAUCCAUUUUGGUCAAGCACUUGGAUCAUAAAACCAUCAGCAAACAGCCUCUUCUACAAAUCAAUAUUGUGGAUGUCACAGCACAACUGGCAGGAAACACAAAGCAGCAUGCUUCAGUUGCAAUUACUGCUGCAAUAACAGACUUAAUAAAGCAUUUGCGGAAAUGCCUGCAAAGUUCAGCUGAAUUGGGUGAUACUGGGGAGGGAGUGAAUAAAUGGAACACAGAGCUUCAGUCUAGCUUAGAGAACUGCAUCUCACAAUUCUCAAAUAAGGUUGGUGAUGUGGGGCCUAUUCUUGAUAUGAUUGCUAUGGUGCUAGAGAAUAUUUCAACUAAUACCAUUGUUGCAAGAACAACAAUUUCUGCUGUGCAUCGGACAGUGCAGAUUAUUUCUUGCAUCCCUAACAUAUCAUAUCACAAGAAGGCGUUUCCUGAUGCAUUGUUUCAUCAGUUGCUUCUAGCCAUGGCACACCCUGAUCAUGAAACUAGAGUUGGGGCACAUAGUGUUUUCUCCAUUGUGCUUAUGCCAUCAUUGCUUUCGCCUUGGUCAGACCAGAAUAAGAAACCAUCAGAAGCUGUUCCUACUAAGGUAAGGAGUGGGAGUUUCUCCUUUCAGGAUGAAGAUAAUGCUAAACAAGAACACAUUGAUGGAGAACUGAGAGAAGAAGGAAAUCAAAUAUCAGAUACGAGUCUGAGAAAAUUUAAGGCAUCUCAUUCUCGUGGUCAGUCAUUUAGCUUCCAGCAUGCUUUGACUGAUGGCAAAAGAAUAACUUCACUUCGAUUGAGUAGUCAUCAAGUGAGCCUCAUACUUUCAUCAAUAUGGGUUCAGGCAACAUCUGUGGAAAAUACCCCUGCAAAUUUUGAGGCUAUGGCCCACACUUAUAAUAUUGCUUUACUUUAUACCCGAACUAAGACAUCCAGUCACCUGGCUCUAGUUCGGUGUUUUCAGUUGGCAUUCUCACUUCGAAGAGUCUCUCUGGAUCAAGAUGGGGGUUUGCAGCCAUCUCGUAGAAGAUCUCUCUUCACCUUGGCGUCUUACAUGCUUAUUUUUUCAGCCAAGGCUGGCAAUCUCCCAGGGCUAAUUCCUAUUGUUAAAGCAUCAUUGACCGAUAAUGUUGAUCCGUAUCUUGAACUGGUUGAAGAUGUCAGACUACAGGCAGUUGGUGUUGGGAGUGAUACAAAGAACGUAGUGUAUGGAUCUGAGGAAGAUGGCAGUGCUGCGUUGAAGUCUCUGUCAACAAUAGAAUCAGAGGACCGCCAUUUGAAGGAAAUUGUGAUAUCUCACUUUAUGGCCAAAUAUGGAACGUUGUCAGAGGAUGAGUUAUUGAGCAUAAGGAAGCAAAUUCUUCAGGCCUUUUCACCUGAUGAUGCAUAUCCAUUAGGUGGACCAUUGUUCAUGGAAACACCAAGGCCAUGUUCUCCUCUUGCGCGAAUGGAGUCCUUGGCUUUUGAUGAGGUGAUGCCUUCAAAUAUUUUGACAGAUGAAGAAGCUUUGCCUGAGUCUAGUGGAAGUCUGUCUGGCCGCAAAACAUCAUUGUCCAUCAAUACACUUGACAUUUUAAGUGUCAAUGAGCUUUUGGAAUCAGUUUUGGAAACCGCACGACAAGUUGCAAGCUUCCCUGUUUCCUCGGCGCCCAUACCUUAUGAUGAAAUGAAAAGUCAGUGUGAAGCACUUGUAUCUUGUAAGCAGAAGAAGAUGUCAGUGCUCCGGAGUUUCAAGCAUCAACAGGAAGCCAAGGCAAUAACCAUCUCAGAUGAAAAUGAAAAGAAAGACAUACCUUUACUGAACAUGAAAUCGGAGAUUUCAGAAGAUAACUUGAAGUUGGUAACUAAGGAACAAGUUCUAAAGCAGGAUCAGUUUAUUUCCUGCUCACAUGAACAACGUUCUUUCAGAUUACCACCUUCAAGUCCUUACGACAAAUUCCUGAAAGCGGCUGGAUGCUGAAGAGUUAAAACUCAUGUUUUGUAUGUACAUGUUCAUUAGACUUCUUUUUAUGCCAGUGCGAGAAGAAGAUCAACGAGAAGGAAAAAUGGAUUUGGGUUUGUGUGCAGAAACAGGACUAUUUCCAGCAUUUUUUUUUAGCAAUCUUUUAUUUUUUUGUUUAUUAUUUUUAGGACUUAAUUUCUGUGAAUAAUGAGUUCAGUGGUGAUUAAUUGUAAAAUCAUGUUGUCUAUUCAAAUAUAUAUAUAUAUAUAUAGAAUUGUAACAUCAUGUUGUUCCAAUAUGAAGAUUACCCCUCAAA